GUGGUGCCUAACUAAUAUGUGUGUUUGACUUCUGGAGGGAUACUGAACUACUUGAUUCUGCAAGGAUAGACUAAUUUGACCAGCAUGGCUUCCACUCCUCCACACAAUUUCUCCUGGGUCGAUCCAGACAAACUGGCCGGGCUGGCGCUUCCCAGGAUGACAUCUGAAUACCAGUACCUGCUGGACAAUGGGAUCAAACACCUGGUUUGCCUGUGCGAGAGGAAACCACCUUACUAUGACUCCUGCCCAGAGUUACAGCUGCACCACAUCAGGAUAGUGGACUUCACUCCUCCUUCACCGGGUCAGAUCGAUACAUUCCUCUCCAUCGUGGAAGAGGCCAACUCCAAGGGAGAGGGUGUGGGAGUUCACUGCAUGCACGGUCAUGGGAGGACGGGGACCAUGCUGGCCUGCUACCUGGUGAAAACCAGGAAGAUAUCGGGGAUCGAGGCCAUCACUGAGAUCCGCAAUCUGCGGAGAGGCUCCAUCGAAACUCACGAACAAGAGAAAGCUGUGGUGCAUUUUUAUCAGCGCACAAAGUAGCUUUUACAGCAGGAAUACACAUUUCUUUACAGUUAAUAAGCUUAAAAUAAGUGGAAGAAGUGCCUCAACUUUAUUGCUAAAUGAACAAUUUAUUAUCUAUGAAUAGGAAAAUACAAGCAUUUAAUUAAUGUUUAAACAGAUAAUAAAAAAAUGAAUGUCCUGGAAAACAAUACUGAACCCAGUAUUGACGUCACACGCCGGAUGAGACGUUUGACAAACAUUUCUAGGGUAAAUACAUCAUCACACUGUCUCUUUACAUGGUACUGUAAUGUAUACUCUCAUUUUGCUUGGCAAAUUACUACUUCUGUUUAUAUAGACAUGUGCCUCCUCUGAGGUUCUCUGUUUACAAUUCUUCAACCUUCAUUUAUGCACUGAACGCCAGAGAAAAGAGACGCUGACGCUCCUUGAAUGUGAGCUUUUCUGGAGCUGAGGCCCGCCUGGUUUUCUCCUCCUGGUUUCUGUGAAUGAACAAUGAUAUUAGCUUAAAUACUUGAGAUGUUUUAAGGGGGAAUCACUUCCGGGGACGCAAACAGUAGCCUGUGCUGUUUUACAAUGUAUUAAUAGAGUAGUUAAGUAAAACAGGGUUUUACUCAGGGAUCUCUUUCAAACGCUGUUUUUGGAAAAAUUAUGUUGCAAUAAUUUAACUAUUUUAAAAAUGAUUAAGGAGCUUGCAUUAAGUCACUAUUAGUAAUGCUGCAUAAAUAUGUGCUUGUUAGAUUUGAUUGAAUAAUUUUUUUGAACAGUUUAAACUCACUCUUUUGAUGACAUG